CUACAGUUCCUCGGAGUCCAUGUGGUUCUUGUAUCUUUGUUGGAAUCUUUAACCUUUUCUUCUUCUUUCCUUUUUUAUCUUUUCUUCUUCUUCUUCUUCUUCACCUUUUCUUAUUCCACCCUUUUCACACUGCGAUUUUCUGGAGCUUGCUAUAAUGCAAGCAACUCAACCAUCACCCACUCAUGAAGCUCCUCAGAUUUCCCAUCAGGCUGACAACCAGCUAAACAAAGAAGAUUCAGAUAACAGACCUAGCGGGAAGCGUCCAGAUAUUUCACUUCAAGUUCCACCUAGACCUGCAGGAUUUGGCACCACUAGUGGUGGAAAGGUUCUGAACCAUUCUCAAAGUUUCUCCAAAGGGAACUCAUCACCAAGAGGCUUUUUGCGGGCCUUAAGCUUCAAAAGAAAAGGAAAUGUAACAGAUGGCGAAAGAAGCAGCCUCCUUAAUCCAGAACCCAAGACAUCUGCAGACAAUCCUAAUAUGGCCUCCAUAUCUGAAGUUCCAUGGUCAAGGUGUACUUCUCUUCCCGUUACACCUGCAACAAAUUUGUCCCCUGCAGUUUCUACGCCUAUUUCCGCAAGGACAUAUAAUGAACAGAUUAAGCCACAUAAAGAUGUUGUUCGUGCUAAGGUUUCAAGGUCCCUUUCUGUACCUGGACGAAAUGUAGUUAUUGUAAGAUCUGUCUCCUUCUCUACCCGUAAUGAACAGGAACAACAAGAUAUAAAUGAUGAUCAAAUAACUCCUGCGCCAGUAGAAAGUGCUGCCGAUGAAGAAAUUCCUGAAGAGGAAGCAGUGUGCAGGAUAUGUUUUGACGUUUGCGAUGAAAGAAAUACCUUCAAAAUGGAAUGCAGUUGCAAAGGUGACCUGACGUUGGUGCAUGAAGAAUGUUUAAUUAAAUGGUUUAGCUUAAAAGGAAACAAGAAAUGUGAUGUAUGUGGGCAAGAAGUUCAGAAUUUACCUGUAACCUUGCUUCGUGUGUCCAGCUCUGUUCGACAGAACAGACAGUCACAGAAUCAGCAGAACCUACGUUCAGAGUCAAUAAGUGCCUGGCAAGACUUUGUGGUGCUUGUCCUGAUAAGCACAAUAUGCUAUUUUUUCUUCCUUGAACAGCUACUGCUUCCUGAUUUGAAGACUCAAGCCAUCAUUAUAGCAGGACCAUUUGCCUUUACCUUGGGCCUCCUGGCAUCUAUUUUUGCAAUCAUCCUUGCGAUUAAAGAGUAUAUAUGGACAUACGCUGCACUUGAGUUCGCACUUGUGGCUAUAACUGUGCAUAUAUUUUAUAGUAUGUUUCACUUGACGGCCAUUUAUGCAAUACUACUUUCAUCAGUUUUGGGUUUUGGAAUUUCUAUGGGCAUCAACUAUUUGUAUAUCCAGUAUGUCACUUGGAGACUUCAGGUCACACACAAUGAUAGCCCAGUAUGAGUCUCCUCAGAAAGGAAACAACUUCAUGGAUUUUCUUUGUACCUACUGACAUGAUGGCAUUCUGUUAAAGGGUUUCUAAUAGGAACCUUAUGGUUGUUGAUCAAUGUAUCUUUGCUAAAUAAACUUCAUCAAGUGUAAAUGCAGGAAAGCCAGUGAAACAGAAUCUUUUAAGACAUGGAUCUUUUGGAAUAUUGUUAGAUGCCAAAGGAGAAACCCCUUCCUAUAAUGUUUUCUCCAUAUUUUUUGUCAAAUAUAUACAUGGAUUAAAUGAUCGAAUUAAGGACCA